GCACCUCCCUUAGCAGACCUGGUCACGCAUUCUGUCUAGAGAUUGGUCUGUCUUCUUGGAAAAUUGGAUGUAAGCUUAAAACACAGGAGCGCCAUCAGUGAUUUUUAUUAAGGUCAAAGCGGGAGAAUCUCAUGGCGGGCCCAAGAUGUGUCAGAGCACGCUUGGAGGGGAUCAGAUGUUGCUCCAACACCUUAACUAGGGAUGUGGUGCGGUGGAGUCCUCACGUCCAGGCAGGGUGGGUCCAGACGAUCGGCACUCUCACCCUCUGACCGCGCCGGGCCGGGCCGGGCCGCCUGAGAGCCCGCUCUCGCCGCUCCGCUGGAUGUCAGGUCUUUGUUGCUCCACCUCGUUCGCAAUGAGUUCCUGUUCCUUUAAGGGAUCUCUCCAGCGUUCGCCGUAGUCACGCUGCGCAGGAUCCAUAUUCAGAGAAAGUCCAGCGGUGGAGUGGGGGAAAUACCAGAGCAGCUCUCCUCUCCUCUGGGUGCUGAGCAACAGGCAAGGGACCCGACUGGACCCGACUGGACCCGCAAAGACCGUCAGACGACCAGCGCCUCGCCAUGAACGCAGACAGGCAUCCCGAGCUCGCGUCCCCGCAGGAGGAAGAGAUGGAAGCGUGCAGUGAUGUCGCAGAGGUGAAGAAACAGGAGGAGGACGAGCACAACGAGGACGCCUCCGUCACUAUGAACGGGAUGCACUCCGACGCUGUCAUGGAUGCACGCAUGAUAAAGACGGAGGCCAAGGAGGCGGACGACAACGAGCCGGCGACGAUCGUGCCCAAAGAGGAAGCGGCGGGGGACAGCGAGGAUGGCAUGGAGGACGGCGUCGACGAGGAGCGGACGGAGGACGACAACGACGAGCAGAGAGACGAGGACGGCCUGAACGAGCCCCAGGACCUGUCGCUGGCGGACUACUCGCGUUACGAAGCAGCGUCCCUGCCAGAGGGCCGAACGGCAACCGCGUCGGACGACGGCGCCGACGACGCCGGCUACCCGCCCGGAUCCACGGGGCCCCGCACUCCGACGCAGGGGAAACUCAGCUGCGACAUCUGCGGCCUGUCCUGCAUCAGCAUUAACGUGUUGCUGGUGCACAAGCGAAGCCACACUGGUGAGAGGCCAUUCCACUGCACUCAGUGCGGGGCCUCCUUCACCCAGAAGGGAAACCUGCUUCGCCACAUCAAACUGCACUCUGGAGAGAAGCCUUUCAAAUGCCCGAUGUGCAGCUACGCCUGCCGACGGCGCGACGCUCUGAGCGGGCACCUGCGCACCCAUUCUGUGGAGAAGCCCUUCAAGUGCAACCACUGCAGUCGCAGCUACAAGCAGCGGAGCUCCCUCGACGAGCACAGAGAGAGGUGCCAUGUGUACAUUCAGAGCAAAGGUCCCGCCGACAGAGCAGAGGACAGCCACACCGUCAGGUCUCAGAUGGGCUCUGAGCGCGCGCUGCUUCUCGACAGGCUCGCCAGCAACGUUGCCAAGCGGAAAAGUUCAAUGCCACAGAAGUUCACUGGCGACAACGGGGUCUGCCUGGACCUGAGCUUUAACAGGGAGCUGCUCCACCGAGCUGACAUGAAGGAACCUCCGCCAGGCUCACCUGGGGCCGAGGGCCAGCUGCAGACUGUCCUCGCAGGCCCAGACGGUGGCGACGCGCCUCCCACCCACAGACCCUACCCGAUCCCGCUCAACCGCACCGACAUCAACCCAAUGGGCCUCACCAACGGCCACAAGAUGCCUCUCCUGGGCCUUCCUCACGGAGCACAGCCGUCCCUCGGCAUGGACUCCUUCCACAACGACGCGUCCCAGAUGGCCCAGCCCGUCAUGUACAGCUUGGGUCACCUGUUGGGGGGGAUCGGUCACCAGAACGGCGUCCCCCACCCGCACAGCCAGCCCAUUCCACUGUCGCCCCUGGAGGCCCUGCGGGUGAUGCGGGCGGACGGGGAGGCUGGGGCGCUGCCCGGCGCCGUGUACCCCUGCGGCCACUGCAAGGUGCUCUUCCUGGACUACGUCAUGUUCACCAUCCACAUGGGCUGCCACGGCUUCCGCGAUCCACUCGAAUGCAACGUGUGCGGCCACCGCAGCCGGGACCGUUACGAGUUCUCCUCCCACAUAGCCCGCGGCGAGCACCGUCUAGAACUCAAGUAGACUGCAUUCUCCUGCACACAAACGGUCCCCGCUCUAUGGAGACAGACAGCGAUCUAGUCAUAUAAGUAGCCGGUAGUAUUAGAAAUGAAAGCAUAAAGUAGCAGCUCUGUCUGUCCUUUGUGUUUGUUAAAGUGUGUGUGAGUAUAGACGUUGUAGGAGUGUGGCGGCCGUUCUUAGUCAUCAGUACUCAUCUGAAAAGAUGGCCUGUAAAGAGUUAUUGCAGGAGUAUUUCUACUCCUUAGCAUGCAUAUAUUUGUGCUUAACGGGGUUGUCUGUUUGCAUCAUAAAGCCAUGUGUUUCAGCUCACACAAAGCGGCACAAAAUACUGUAUUUAUGCUGUAUCUACCGUUUUAUUCUGUCUGUAUAAAGAUGUUUAAAAAAUAAAUAAAAGAACCGCUCUGUCGUCACACACAAACUGCACAAUGUCGAGAGAUGUUUUAGUCUGCCAAUUCUAACUGCAAAAAAAAAAAAAAAAAAAAAAAAAAA